GCGAAUCCGGGCCUACAGAAUAUCCCCGACCAAUCGCAUGAUGCUUCAAGCAGCCGUCCUUGACAUCCGGUGAAGUCUUCUGUGAACGUACUGGCGGGAGAGGGUUGCAGCAGUAAUGGCGAAGGUACAAGUUUCAAACGUUGCUGUUCUGGAUAACCCGAGUCCUUUUGGAAACCCCUUCCAAUUCGAGAUCACGUUCGAGUGCAUGGAAGACCUGCCCGAAGAUUUGGAAUGGAAGAUCAUUUACGUGGGUUCAGCAGAGAGCGAGGAGUAUGAUCAGACUCUCGACUCGGUCCUUGUGGGCCCAGUUCCUGCUGGAAGGCAUAUGUUUGUGUUCCAGGCAGAUGCGCCGAACACAGCUUUGAUCCCGGAGAGCGAUGCGGUGGGCGUGACUGUGGUGCUGAUCACCUGCACGUAUCACGGACAGGAGUUCAUUCGCAUCGGGUACUACGUCAACAACGAGUACACGGACCCAGAGCUGCGGGAGAACCCACCCGUCAAACCUGACUACACACAGCUCCAGCGAAACAUCCUGGCAUCCAACCCACGCGUUACACGCUUCCACAUCAACUGGGAGGCCUGUGCUGAGAGGAUGGAGGACUCUGAAAAUGUGGAUCCCACCCCCAACACAAUGCUUCCCCCCUCCUUGCCCCCUGGCAAAGCCCCAGCCCUAAACUUGAUGCCCGACAACUCUAUGGACUGCUUAUAGGGAGACCUCUGCAAACACAACUAGGCAUGCACAGACAGAACAGCAAUGUGCAUAAACCCCCUACAUGCACCCAUGCAGACGCGCACAUACACACACAUUUUUGCCUUACAGCACUUAACACACUGUGGCUCGAAAGCCCCCCCUCCCCCAUCGAGGUGUUGUGGCCUGGUCCUCCUUACCUGCAGGGGGCAGAGCCCUCCACAGAGGAUAGAGUCUCUGGACUACAGCCUAAUACAGGGCUCCUUGAUCAUAUCCAGAAAGGGUGCAGACUUCUGUUCCAACCAAGCGGUUGCACACCUGUUUCUACAAAUCAACAACUAGCGGCUUUGCUAAAGACCAGCCCUUUCUGGAUAAGAUUGCGGACCCCUGGCCUAAUCUAUCUGCUGUCAUUACACAAUAAUUUGAUUAUUUUCUGUGAAUUGAGCCCAUUUUUUUAUUUUAAGAAGAAAGUCUAAAGCUUUUAUUUAGUUUAACUGACUCUCAUUGUAGGAAGAUCCCAAAUGAAGGAUUACGAUGAAUGAGUCUGUGUGUCUGUCUGUCUGUUUGUUAAUUCACCAGCCACAACCCAAACAGUCUCGGGUUAACUCUCUUUCCAAGCCAUUUGUAAUAAUCGGUGGUCAAGACGAUGGUUGAACUGCAGUCGGUCUGCUUUUUACUGAUUGAAUCAGCAGGAGGGGAAAAAAAGCCAUGUGCGUUUGGGGAUAGACCUCUUUUCACUGAGAAAAUGAUCAUUUCCAGGUGGGGUUUGGGGAACGAUGAGGGUAGGAGUUUGAUACCACUUACUCCAGCAGCCCUCUCCUCUGGUUUUUUGUUUUUUUGGGGCUGUGACCUUCAAAGGGCUUCCAUACCUGUGUUUUGUUUCUGGGUUAAUCUUGUGUAACCUGGGUUCACCGGGUUGUGUUGUGGUCAGGGCUCAGUACCAUGCACUGGUGCAGACAUUUUGGGGUUGGCUUACUGAUGGGUCUUCGGGGGAAGAGAUGCUUCAUUUAUUUUUUUUAUUUUUUUGUAUUAUGUACAUACUUUUUUCUUUGUCUUUCAAAAAUGAACAGACCUCUUUUUUUGUAUUGUGCUGUAUUGUAGUGAAAAAACUUUAUAAAAUCUUAAGACAAUGAAAAUAAAAUAUUUGUUUUUGUUUUAAAAAA